AAACUUCUAACGAGCUUUGCAGUUCAUGUUUAUAAUCAAUGGAGUACAUAUCCGUAUCAGGGCUUGGAGCAAGGCGCGAGUCGAAUGAGCUACAUACUUCAAGUCUCAGAUUUUGGCACUCAGCUUCUCUUGCAUGAAAGUUCUAGAGGAGGAUGAGGUCGAGAUGCAAUGCUGAGCGUCCAUUCUGGAAUCAGACCACAGAUUUUACGGAGUACAGUCAGGCCGUCGACCCGUUGUUGUGAUCAAGUCUACAACAAAAGGUCGACGCAGUCACAGCUUACAGAAAUAUUGAUUAUCAGUGUCGAAUAUGUCGUCACGCAAUUCGGCAGAGAUCAUCCACGGUGGGCUGCUUAACUGGAACACAGUUCAAUCUUUUCUCGGAACUAAGUUUGACGCAGACCUAAUUGCUUCAGCGAAGGAGCAGGUUCGCUUCCUGGGGCUUGUGCAGAAGACCCCAGCUUUACGAAGGCCUGAAGUUUUGAAAUGCGCCAUACAUCGAUACUGGAACAACUAUCUUCCAUUAGCCGCAAAGUUCCAGUCCAAAGGAUUUCCUGAUGCUGUUCUAGCCAAGACCGGUGCUCAUUUUGUACCACCUUUGGAUUGCGCAUGGAUCUGGCAUUGCCACAAGCUGAGCCCGGUGCGGUAUGCAAGUGACUGCAGAAGAUUGUUUGGAGAGAUCAUUGACAUCAGAACCAUCCCCAUUGAAGGAACUGAGAUGAAUAACUCAGAACGAGAUUCGUGCACUUUGUGGCAAAUGGAAUACCCGGAUGAGCCAUACCAUCUAGUUCAGCUUUGGGAAGAUGGCACCAGCAUGGAGUUUCAAAAUUCUCUGAACCGCACACCGAAGGAGACUUCUCUCAUUGAGCCAUACAACCUAGAGGCUGCAGCUGCCAGACAGGCCCCUUUCUACUUUCAGGUUCAAAGGAGCUGGUUCACUGACGAUGGGUACUUGGAGGGGGCCCUACAAAGAUACAAAGGAUAUCUUUUCCUGAUUGAACAAUCUUUGAAAAAUCCCAUGGCAAAGGAUCGACCUGUUUUCCUCGUUCCGACUUACGACAUUGAUCUGAUUUGGCACAGUCACCAGCUCCACCCGAUUGCUUAUGCCAGACACACCAGUGCUCGAUUUGGGACAAUUCUGGACCACGACGACACCGACACGGAUCGAGGCGAGGGAGCGAAGCUGCACAGCAGCUUCCUUGAAACAUGCAACAAGUGGUGGGCUACUUUCGGGACCGUGUAUGAACGAGCUGGAGCGAUGUAUCGAGGGCCCGAGCCGCAGGUGGAGCCUAUCCCGCCUUCGCCCGAUAAUGAUCCCAAGGCCCUUGAAGAAGAACGGAGGUUGCUAGAGUUUACUUACAAGAGACGCUGGAAUUCAUCCUCCUUCGACAGCCACAUGGAGUCUUGUGCUGAAGAUAGUCCUGACGCUUACUUGAGGUCGACCUUCGAGGUGCAUCUGGUGGUUCUGGGCGCCCGAAAUCUGCCUCAUCCGUCAACUAGCUUUAAGGAGACAUUCAGUGUUCGUGUGAAAACCAUAGAGAAUUGCAAAGGUUUUUGGACCAGUACAGCUGCUAUUGAAAGAAGCCAAUUCGGAAAUCAGGCGGAAUGGAACUAUGGUCUUGCUAUGGAAGCUGAACGGGGAACAGAAGGUCUGCAAUUCGAACUGUGCUGCCACAGGUUCAGGAGAAAACGAUUUGCAGGACGAUGCUUCCCUUCGAAAUCAUCGCCAUACAAAUUCGAUCAGGAAGUUAAAUAUGGGAGCCCAAUGAAAACAGAUGUAAUGAGCGAUACCCAGAUCUUGGGAAGCAUUUCCAUCCCUUGGAGGAAACUUCACUCGUCUAAGCCAGACCAGUGGACAACUAAAUCGAUGAAUCUUGACCUUCUUUCCGUGAUUCUCGACAUAUCCAUUUCUGUAACACCAUCUCAGCCUGGACCGAAGUUGCUCCGCGCACUGCGUUCGCCUGUGACAGAUGAUAGCUGCAAACGCAUCGCACUUGAUAUUGACUCAGACGCACCUCCUCAGUCAGGACGCUGGACGACCAAGAUCGUGGUGAAUUACACUGGAGAGCCCUUGUACGUGAUUCGAACCAGAUCAGCACAUCUUGCAAUUGGUGCGCCGGCCUCGUUGCAAUGCAACUGGGAGGACACAAUUGUGCAGAUACAUCAAGCAGAAUGUGUAUCGGACGGGGUUACAACUGCAGGUGCUGUCAUAGCCACAGCCAAACCACAUGUGAGUGAGUUCCAGAAAGCGGAAAAGGAUCAGGUUCAGCAGUGGUCUCUCUUCAAUGACGGAGCCUUUCUGACGGUCCGUAAACCCCCAAACGACAGGCCAGGAAACCUCGACUGUGAAAUCCACGGCAGAUGUGGUCCACACCCGAUGAGGUUGCUCUCAGGCAGAAGAAUCGAAUACGCUACCGCUGACGAAACUUCCACUGGCAAGUUCCUAACGCUAGUUCGAUAUACUCCGGACGCUCCCAAAGGCAAGGCCACUGCUUUACUCAGCUUGAGCACAGCCUGCUUCGAGAUCAUGCCAGGUGAAAGUUCGGUGUUAGUGCUCUUGAUCUGCUCUGCGGUGAACAUGUCUAUGCACGACUUUGGCAUACCCAUACAUUCUUCACUCUGGAGUGUUAAUUCUUGCGUUCCAGAAACAACGACCAGAGGCAAAUAUGGCGGCCAAAUAGGCGCAAUCAGGAUGCUCAAGAACCAUCUCUCGGCAAAAUGGAGCACGCCGCUUCCCUCGGACAUCCCGAAGAUCCCGGAGGUGCAGCCCAGGCCAGGGAAAUCCAGUUCUUGGGUUGUUGACGGCAAUGUUGGCAUUUCAGGCGCAAUCAGGAUGCUCAAGAACCAGCUCUCGGCAAAAUGGAGCACACCGCUUCCCUCCGGAAAACCGGAGGUGCAGCCCAGGCCAGCUCUGUACCAACCGUGGUGGCAACUCGGCGGGGACAUGGAGUCUCGGCACUAUGACCUACAGGGCACCACUUGCCGGCCUGCGGCAUGCGCCGGCGCAGCUUGUGGGGGGAACCAACGUCGCCGUGCAAUUGAAGAAAGAGGGGGCGGAGGUGCGGGUGGAGGUUUUAGCGCAGGGAGAGGAGGAGGAGGAGGUGGUGGUAGUUGCGGAGGAGGAUGUGGAGGAGGUUGUGGCAGUUUCUGAGAGAGGGCUUUGAACCCAGUCAACCCAGCUACCAGAGUACAGUACCGUGGUUGCUUUUCGUGUUGAUUUUCUGACCACUUCUGCACGAUACAAGUCACUAUUUUCUUCAUUGUACAGGAAUUAUGUCCGAUCCAUAAUUUGGGAAACAGUCUUGUAAGUGUGCGUUUGCCAGUAAUAAAAUAGGAUGCUGAUUCGAAUCUU